AUGUCAUUGUUCAUUGUAAACUUACUCCCAGAUUUAUAUGAAAUUUUGGUUACUAUCAUUUCUGUAUGGGGCCCUAAACUUCCAUUCAUCAACGUCACAGAGUCAGCCAAAGUAGCGCUGCGGGUGUCUGUUGGUUCCACAGGACAACAAUCAACAGACAUUUUAUGGUACACAAUAGGGGGUAGUGCAGGAGGGUUCUUGAUCUUCAUAAUUAUUGCACUUAUCCUAUGGAAGUGUGGGUUUUUCAAUCGGAAGAGGAGAGGAGAAAUUGACCGAGCUAAAAGACAGUCAAUGAUGAAGCAGAGACAGAGUAAUAUGAUGUCUAGCUUUGUGAAUAAAGAACUCAAUAAACAUUCAUCCUCGCCAUUAAACGGGGACAACAAGGACUCGAAGCUAUUUAGACUAAGUGCCAAAAAGGACUAUCCAGAUUUAGAGAUUCAAGAUAGAUAGCGCAGUGAGAAAUCUCUUCGAAGCGCAUGCGUUGCCGGACAUUUGUAGAGGGUGAUGAAGAUAAAGUUGAUUGUGCUAAAAGGUCAAGAAUAAACAUGGUGUUGGAAUGUUACAUUCCCUUUUUACCGGUGAACAAUAGAUGACAUGCUGAAAUAUCUUCGGAUACAUUCAAGACCUAUCAUUUGUUAUCAGAAUUUCAUUUCUUAGAGUUACCAAAUUUCUUUUGGUUUUUUUUCUCUCCAUUUGUAUAUUUUUUUCAUUAACAUGAAAAAGUGAUUUGAUUGGUCCAUUCAUGUAUGUAAGUCAUGUUCAUUUUUUUUAUUUAUAGGUUCAUGUCUAUAAUUGACUUUUAAGUUAUCUUAAACAUCGAUUUUGUAAUUUUUAUAAUACUCUUUUUCUAAAAGGAUGGCCAAAAAAAAUUAGAGUUAUUAUAAUGAUAUGGUAAGUUGAUACUUUGCAAGGAAUUUACUAAAAUAAAUGAUAACUCUCAAAAUUUGACAGCUUGAUUUGUUAUUUCAUAUCAUUUAAAACGAUUGUCUAAUGUUUUAGAAAUAUUGUUUCACUGAAAAUUAUUUUUUUUUUGUAAUUUGUUGUUAACAAUAUUUUAAAUAAGUAUUUCUAAUGUGUGAUUAAAAUAUGGAUGUCGGUGGUAGGAUUUAAAGCGAGGUACAGACCUAGCAACAGUAACUAUUUAUUUCGUAAAUACAGCUAGUGCCAUGUUUGUUAACAUCAAUUGUGUAGUAAUACAAACAUCAUGUAAAUCAUAUUUUGUUUCUGUUGGACUGUUAACUCAUAUAUUAAAAUCUUCUUCUGUCUGUCAAAUCUCAUUUCGUUUUUAAAAAAAGAUAGUAUCAUUUUAGCAACCUAGAUGUUAACAAAAACAUGAAACGAACCAUGUUUUCAUAACUAAGAAUUAAAACCUUUGUAUCUCGCUUUAAAGUUAAGACCUGACAUUCAAAGGGUGCAAAACACAGUUUUAUAUGUAACGUUAUAAGGACGUUUUCAGAUGAGGGGAAAGCAAACUGACCCCUAUAAAA